CUCCAAUUUGACCCGAUCUCUCUCUAUACUCUACUACAGGAGCGCUCUUACAUCACAAUGGGAAAACUAAACAUAGCGCACCACAAAUCGUACCAUCCCUACCGUCAAGAUAACAUCGCCCGAGUCAGGCGUGAUGAAGAAGAGGCGAGACGGAAAGGUGUAGAGGAGGAAGAUAGGGCGUUAUUGGCUGACUCCGAGUCACGCUUGGAUGCGCUGCGCCAGCGGGUCGAAUCGACUGGCGAAGAGAAUACACAUAGAGACGACGACGAAGCUGCCGCGGGACCAUCAAGACCACCAACACUGGCUAAUGAAGAAGUACCCAUUUCUUCUUCGUUGUCGAAUUCGUCGAGUAGACAUAUAAACUUGUUUGAGGAUCUGGAGCAGCAAUCUGCGGUUCUCGCCGCCCGUGCGUCGAAGAAGGGACCGGUCGUGACGGCGGAGGACAGAGGCUUCGCGCUCGCGCCUACGAAGAAAGAUCUGAAUCCGUGGUACUCUUCCAAGGGAUCGAGGGAGGCUGACCGUGAUGUAGCGGACGAUGAAGAUUGUAGAGAGAGGAAGAAGGGCGAUGACCGACGACGCCGCGACCAAGCGCGCAAAUCAGCGCACGACCCGCUCGCGUCUAUACCCCGCCAUCUCCUGAAUUCUACCUCUCACCCAUCGUCGUCCUCGUCCUCUUCACGUCCCUCAAAAUAUCCGCCACGGCUUUCGACAGCCUCCACCUCCUCACACGACCGCACAAUGCCACCACCCCCUGCACCCCCACCAGCACACACAGUUGAAGCCCGUCUUACUCGCGAAUCAUCCGAACGCGCACGGGCUCAAGAAUUACUUCGUCGGAAACAAAAAGAGAGGGAGAGGGAGAUGAUGAGUAAUUCGAGCGUUACUGGGACACCGAGUACGGUGCAUGGUGGGACGAGCGAUAUGUAUAAUCGGGAGGAGGUGGAGGAGGCGAGGAGACAUAAGUUUGGUGGGCGUGAGGGGCACGGAGAAAGGAGGGAUGGGUGGAAGGAGAAAGGGUGGGAUGAUGAUAUGAGGGAUGGGAGGAGGGAUGUGAAGGCUGCGGGUGGGAGGAGCGUGGAUGGAGGUGGGAGGCGUUCUUGGGAUAGGAGAUGA